AUGAGAUGGGUCAAGGGGAAUCGUCGAUCAUCGUUCCAAAGCAACGGGCGUACACCGGGCAUCUUGGAUCGACUCAACACCACACUCGGAACAUCAUACACCUUGGACACUCCAUCCCUCUCUUCCCUUCUUGAAGAGUACACUACAAACAACUAUGACUUUGGCAUGGCGUAUGGCUGCCUUCGCCUAAACUUUGUAAAUGGGAGAAGGAGGACCGAGAGGAGCGACGAAAAGCACUCGUCGGGAGCCGGAUCGUCUAUCCAUGGUUACCACCCCGACGCGUCUGGGAUUUGUACAGUAAUAGGGUGGUCCCUAUGGUGGAUCACGGACGUUGAUGGGAAACUCCGCUGGCCUCAGCCAAUAUCGCACGCGUGGGUGGACGAGAAGGAUCGCGCCGACAUAUGGACACCCAUCAAUGGAUACGAAUGGCCUGUUCCCAUCCCGAAAGAUAGUGACCUCAACCUGAUCCGCAUCGAGAUGCUCAACCUCGGACUGGAGUACGUGUGGUUGGACGUUCUGUGUUUGAGACAGGUGGGUGGACCGGGGGAGGAUAUGCGCGCAGAGGAGUGGAAGCUGGACGUGCCCACGAUCGGGUUAGUGUAUUGUGGGACCGAAACGGUGGUGUGUUACUUGAGUGGGCUCGGCCGGCCUUUCAGUUUGAAAGAGGGUGAUUUGGAUAGCGACCGGUGUUGGUUUAGACGUGCUUGGACACUACAGGAGGUUGGGAACGAGAUGGUGAUUGCUGGGGAUACAUCGGAUAGACCACUGCAUGCCAAGCCAAUAGAUGAGGACGGGAAGUAUGAGACUGAGCUACUGACCAGGUUCCACGCGGAGCAGCUGGAGUGUACAGAGGACAUAAGAAUGUGGGUGCUUCCGGCACUGAGGAACAUGCAGAAACGGGUGUCGACGAACCCGGUGGACAAAGUGGCGGGACUGGCAUUUGUCAUGGACUCCGAUUGGAUACCGGCAUAUUAUGAGAGCCAGUCUCUCGAGGAGGCAUGGACAGCACUCGUGAAUUCGAUGGAUGUGUGGUGUCGGGGGCGGCUGUUCUCCUUGUAUCCUGAACCGGGAAAUGCAGGCAGAAAAUGGAGGCCAUCAUGGGACCAGGUUAUGAUGGAACCUCUGCCUGCAUAUCAUACUGAAUCCGCGAUCUUUCUUUAUCGGAAUGAGGAGAAGGAUGAAGACCUGUGUUAUCCGAAGUGCAUUAAAAAGGGGUUGGUGCGGGGGUUGGCUGUUGUGGAAGGGGAUGAUCUGCGUGGAGAGUUGAUUGUUAAAGACAAGGGUGGAAUCGAACAUGGGUUCGAGGUCACCGUCCCCCACGCAUACCCGAUACCUGAUGGCACUUACACACUGAUUGAUUCUCUCGAUGGAUAUCAGUGUAACGUGCGCCAUAGUUGGGUUGUUGGGCAAAGCCUGCCAGGCCGAAAGUUUGAGAAAGUGUCGGUGCUGAACACUUCUAAAAAAGAACAUCGCAGGUUAGAGGAUCUGUUUAUUAUCAAACGGCAUCACUAUAUUCUUAUUUGA